AGUACUGUUUUUUUUUUUUUUUUGUUACAUGAAGAAGUUAUAUCAGGGCUCUUAUUUUGAAAACCAAUCCGCCACCCGGAAUCACAUGACCCGGACUGUGGCGCGGUGAAGUGUGCAGCUAGUCCUGUGUGUACAUGUCUACUUUAGCCAAAGUCAUGUCCAAGUUCCGUCUGGCGGUGAUCCAGCUGCAGGUGAGCAGCGUCAAAGCAGACAACCUGAGCAGAGCCCGGAGGCUGGUGAAGGAGGCUGCAGGACAGGGCAGCAAAGUGGUGCUGCUACCGGAAUGCUUCAAUUCUCCAUAUGGGACCAACUUCUUCUCGAGAUACGCCGAGAAGAUCCCAGGAGAAUCCAGCCAGGUGCUGUCGGAGGCAGCAAAGGAGAACAAGGUGUAUCUGGUGGGAGGAUCCAUUCCCGAGGAGGAUGGUGGGAAGUUGUAUAACACCUGUACAGUGUUUGGCCCUGAUGGAGAGAUGAUUCUCAAACACAGGAAGAUUCACUUGUUUGACAUCGACGUUCCCGGAAAAAUCCGCUUCCAGGAAUCUGAGACGCUGAGCCCGGGGAACAGUUUAUCGCUGUUUGACACACCGUUCUGCAAAGUGGGUGUUGGGAUCUGCUAUGACAUGAGGUUUGCGGAGCUCGCCCAGCUCUACAGCAGAAAGGGCUGUCGGCUGCUGGUUUACCCCGGAGCCUUCAACAUGACCACAGGCCCCGCCCACUGGGAGCUCCUGCAGAGGGGGAGGGCGCUUGAUAAUCAGGUGUAUGUGGCCACAGCAUCACCUGCCAGAGAUGAAGCUGCCUCCUACGUGGCCUGGGGUCACAGCACUGUCGUGAACCCGUGGGGAGAAGUCAUUUCCAAGGCUGGACCAGAGGAAGCUGUUAUUUAUGCUGACAUUGACCUGCAGUAUUUGGCCGACAUCCGGCAGCAGAUCCCGAUCACAUCUCAGCGUCGGGACGACCUCUACGCGGUGACGUCUGUGCAGGAAGGCUCGAGCUGAACUCUGAACCUCGAUCCAGCUCUUCAAAUCGAGCAAAAAUGAUCCUGUAAAUUCUCAUCCACGUGAUUUUUGUUAAAGUGGAUUGAAGAGAGAUGCAGACCUGCAGCAGCUCACCGUCCAGCGGAGGAGGAGGCUUUUAAUCGUGAAAACAUGAGAAUCAGCUGGACAGUUGCUGAUUGGCUGUUUUAAGAUAACUUGAAUGAAGAAAUGUUUCAUUAAAAGCUGUGACUUUUGUAUCCA